CAGUACUGUCGCUCGUUGGCGUGGCAGGUUACUGCAUUGGGCUCUGUUUUCGAGGAAGAGCUUUCCGGAGCUUAAAUGACACGGUAAAAGAGCUGUUCGUGUACUGUAUGCUUUCUAAUAGCUCGGCUAUUUUACUUGUCUAUCUUCAAGAAAUAAUCGCGGCCAAUAACAACAUUUUUUUCCUAUCUGAGAUCGCGUCGCCGACGUCCUUGCACCCCGCUGCCUGGCUCAUAUUAAAACGUGGUCGCUCUUGUUAUCCCUGUAAGGAAAUGUGAGCACUUCAGACUCUAGAGGUCUCCAUCCUUCAGCAUCCACCUAUCUCACUCGUCUCAUUGUGUGCAAGGAGUGGAGAAAGAGAGAUCGGAGCCCAGAGGCACCUAAAUCAUGCAUCCUCGGUGAAAACAGGCGAAACUCCCAUCUGCCGGGCAUUUGAAUUGAAGUGAUCGCAACAAGACGCCACUUUUCUCCAUGAGGGCUCGAUCGCUCCAAUUUUGUGAGAUAUGCAAGUUGGGGACCCAGUUAAAUAUAGAUGUGUAUGUCAUUUAUCCCGAAAUUUCUUCUGGACUUUUCCUAUGUGACUGUACCUUUUGGUGACUCAAAUGAUUAGUAAGGAAGGCAGAAUAGCUUCUUUUUAGAUCUCCAGUGGUGGAUUUUCAGUAAAUCUCCGUGUCACGAUGCCUGCAAGAAUCCGAUCGCUGUUUCUAGUUCUGUUGAGCCUGCUGACCGUGCACGCCCAGACGGACAUGAAGAGGGUGGUUGGGGACAACGCCACGCUGCCCUGCCACCACCAGUUCUGGCAGGCCGACGCCCAGACGCUGGACAUCGAGUGGCUCCUGCAGAAGCCCAAUUCCAAACAGGGAGUGGUGAUCACCUACUUUGCGGGCAAAGUGUACGAUCCCAGUGAGAACGAGCAGGGCCGCUGGUCCUUCGCGGGGGACUACAUGAAGGGCGAUGCCUCCCUGCUCAUUGGCGACCUCGCGCUCAGUGACACUGGGGAGUACACCUGCAAGGUCAAGAAUGGCGGCAAGUAUUACUGGAGCACGGUCAGCCUGAACGUUCUGGUGAAGCCCUCCAAACCCCAGUGCUGGAUGGACGGCCGUCUGCUGGAAGGCAGUGACGUCAAGCUGGGCUGCAGGUCGGCCGAUGGCUCGGAGCCCAUCCACUACAAGUGGGAGAGGGUGCUGGACAAGGGCAAGAGCGUGGGGAAGCUGCCACCUUUGGCCCUCAUAGAUUUGAAGAAUCCAGAGAUCAUCACCUUGAGGAACCUCACGCUGGAAAACACGGGGGUGUACAAAUGUACCGCGCACAACGACGUGGGGGAGGAGAACUGCAUCAUUGAGGUCACCAUGCACUACGUGCGGGGGAUGGGUGUGGUGGCCGGCGCAGUGGUGGGCGUGUCCUUCGGCGUCUUACUCAUCAUCCUCAUCAUCUGGCUUGUCUUCCGGAAGAAGGAGAAGAGGAAGUAUGAGGAGGAGGAGACCCCCAAUGAGAUACGGGAGGACGCUGAGGCACCCAAGGCCAAGCUGAUGAAGCCCAACUCGCUGUCCUCCUCCCGAUCGGGAAGCUCCCGGUCUGGGACCUCCUCCACGCAGUCCAUGGUGCACAGCACCGCCCCCCGCGGGCACCGCCCCCGUCCCCCAGCCGUGGCAGCCUUGAAGGAGAACGGACAGCCCCCCGGCUUCAGCCAGCCCCCUCCUGCAUACACACAGGUGGAGACCAAGACGCUGGAGCCCGACACCCCCAAGUUCACCUCCAGGAAUCUGAGCGUCACCCCGGUCAUGAUCCCCGCCCAAAGCAAGGCCUUCCAGACUGUGUAGGAGGAAGUGACAUCACUCAAGAAGCCCCAUUCUGCUCUACGGCGCCACCUAGCACUCCUUAUACUCCUAAAACCAGGAAAAAAAUACUUUCUCUACAGAAACAACUGAAUGCAACAAAAAAAAGCAGAUAUCGUUUAAACACAUUAAUAAAUGUUUUCGUGAAUGCCUACCUAAACGGAAUAACUAUGAAGUGCUUGCCCCUCUUAAAUGAAAUAAAAAAGAAAAUGGAUGAAUGCACCUUUUUAUGUCCGUUCGAAGGCGAUAUGUUUUUCUAAUUUUAAUUCUGAAGGCAUGGAGUGUACAGUGUACAGCGAGCUGGAAGUGUCGAGGUUUUUUUUUUUUUUUUUUUAAGGAAAGAGACUCAGAUAUUUGAGCAAAUCAUCCACACAGAUCCCACCGGAAGGGCGAAAAUCGGGAUUCUGGGGAGCGGGAUGAGGAGGUGGCAGGGGUGAAGUCAAACUCAUACUGACCAGCGAGGGAGGGGGGGGAGCUACACCGCAAUCCUCUGUCAUCCGCAGCCACGGUCUCACCCACACACCCAAUCGGCAGUUCCCAGCAUGCACCACAGAUGCCACAUUGCAUCGCAUCAAAGAGUUGGUGGGGGGGCGGCAGCAGUGGCAGGGAGUUGCUAUGCAGAAAACGGAGUCCGGGAGGAAACGCUGCCUCGCAUGCCGCCGUAGCCGAGCUGCAUGGCAGCACUUUGAGUGUCCCGCGGAGACCUGGCAGUGGCUGCAGGGCCCCCGUACGCGAUGAAUCACGCCGACAUCGGAAGCAGUUGACUCAUAGCUGACGUUGGAAUUUCAUCCAUGAGGACAGUUUCUCCAGAAAUGGAGAGAUGGACACUCCCGUCACAGGACUCAUGAUGGUACCUCGACGGACGUCCCUCUCCUCCCGGGUGUCACCGGCGAAUGUUCCGGAACCUACCUUUGGCUCGCCUGACGUCAUGUGUUACAUCCUGGUCGUCAGAAGACCCCCUGAAACGCCAUUUGAAAAGCCAAGGGUGGAUCAUCCUUAACGAGGAAACAUCAAGUUAACCAAGAGCUUUAUAUUGCUUUUGUUGAGUCUUGUUGUUUUUCUGCCGUCACGUUUGACACUAGAGGCUGCAGGAUGCCGUGAAGCUACUUGUUGCUGCCCAGAGAAGCACCUCAAGGUUGCCGUUGGCCCACGGUUGAUUUUGUUUCUUUAUUUUCCUGCUUUUUUUAUGUGAUUUUAUUGAAACCAAAUUGUGUCAAAAGGCUAUGACUGUGAGUGGAAAAAGGAGGACAGUAGAUGAGAUUGGUCGGUUUUUAAACCAAGACUGAACAGCUAUUCAAACCUGAUCAAGGACAAUGUUCACUCGCAUGGGAAUCACGGAGCAGAUUCAUCCCGUGUCACGUUGACUUCUUACUCAUCCUGUUGGUUUUUUGAAACAGUUUUCAGUUUUUCUCACCCAGGCUGAGCACGAGCUACACGGACGCAAGUGAUAAACAAGGAAGAGUCGCCCAUAUCGUGUGCCUUUGAAGUCCCUCUUUCUUUCGACCGAUUCCUUUUCCGUGCCCAGCAAUGGAAAAAAAGAAAAAUCUUUGGGAGCUUUUAUUCCAAAAAUAACACCUGAAGAAGCUCGGGAACGAGCUGGUCCUCUGUAAAUAGAAAAGUCGUAGAUAGAUGGAUUGAGUAUCCAUGCAAUAACCCUGUCAGGGAAAAUCUGUAUUAUGUAGUUAGCAUUGUUUAAUAUUGUACAUAAGGCUAGGCAUACUGAAAUGAUGUCUUUUAGCAUAAGAGGAAGAGUAGCAGAGGGAUUAUGGAGCCAAUAUCCAGUGAAAGAGUUGGUCUUAUGACCUAGAAGACCAAUAUUGUUUCUACGGCAUUAGCACUUUCAGGCUAUGCCUACACUCCCGCCUGUCAAGGCACUUUCCCUGCAGACGAAAACAAACAAAACGUCCAGGUGUAACCUUUACGAAAUGGCAAGGGGGCCGAUGUUUGGCCUGUCUGUUUUCAUUUUUCUGUCUAAUGUGCCUUUUUUUAAAAAAAAAAUAAAUAAAUCGAUUCAGUUUUGCAGGCGGAGCUCGCGCAUGUGAGGCUCAUGGCUCGUGGGUGAGGUCGAGGAGAUGCACGAGGGUGACAAAAGGUAGGAAGAGGGUUGGGGGGGUGUCACACAUCCUGUGCUUUUCCGCGGGCUGGUCUCACGGGCCUUUGGAAGCUAAAUCCGCCCAAUAGACACCCAGGACAAACAGAACGCUAGUGAAAUGAAGAACAUCAGACAGCAUCACAGUUCUAAAGAGUGCGAGGUGACUGUCAGCAGAACUCCAGCAGUCUGGCUCCAAGGGCAAUUCUAUGAUUUUUUUUAAGGUGGGAGGCAUAAUUUAUUUAGAGGGGCCAAGCUUAUCAUUAGCCAAUAAUAUGUUUUGAAUCAGUGAGUGACAUGACUGGGGCACUCCAGAAACGAAUCAGCUUUCUGGCUGACCUGUAACCCCGCCCCCUCCGUCUAUAUCCCUGCCGGGCUUUGUCCAUGAGUGACAGCAGAUACAGGGCAGCAAACGACAAAGCGAUUAAGGACGGCUUCCCUAUGCCCCGAAAGUCUGCGGGGUCAAAUACUGGAAAUGGCCCUGCCGCGAUAGCCUAGAGCGUGCAGGUUAACCCGACCGGCUCUGGGAAAAUGUCACGGACGGAUUGAAUAAAUCACAGGUCACUUUGAAAACAGCUGAAUACGGAUGACAGAUUUUCCAAACUGAUUUGCCGGCGAGUUUUGUGAAGCCAAAAAGGGGUGGCUAGAGAUAGGAGGGGUAUUAUUAAGCGGAAGCGGCUGGCGACCUUAAGACUUCCCCUCCCCCCCCCCUUCCAUUAGCUGGCCUUUGAAGAAGAGAAAAAAAAACACGGAACAAUAGAUCCACUUCCAUCCAAUUCCACGCUACGCUGUACCUUGGCUCUCUCCAACAGCAGAAAAGGGAUACCCACCAAUUUUAAAAAUCUUCCACUACGCUGCUUUUCUUCAGAGCCAGUAACAGCAUCUGCCAGUUUUUCCCCCUAUAAAAAAAUUUAGGAAAAAACAUAUUAGUGAUCUUUAAAAGGCCCUUUUUUUUGCUUGGAAGUCUUCUGACUGAACAGGGUUCCAAAUCUGAGCUGGGGAUUCAGAACAAGCCCACUCCAGACUGAAGAAACGUCACGUCAGAUCCAUGCAGCUACGUUUAUGUCCUUGCAGACGCUUUGACCAGCGACUGACCUCGGAUCAGCUACCUUGUCUCUGACACUGUGCAGUCACUAUGUAGCACUACUUACACAGCAAGGGAAAAUUCACCUCAACAGGGAAACGUGGUGGAUGGGACGGUUUGCAUGCUACACAUAAUUAUGUAAAGGGAUUAUUUGCCUCAAUGCUAAUAUAUACAUUCAGUGACCGGUUUAUUAGGUGCGGAGAAACAGCCUGUUUUUCCAAGUAGCCAGUCGAGGUGACUCCAGCAUCUCAGAAUCAGCCACCCUCCUGUGAUUUUCACACUCUGCAUCAUCUAGAGUUUGCAGAGAACGGUGUGAUGAACUAAAACGUCCAGUCAAUGGCAUUUCUAUGGCUGAGAAUACCUCGUUAAUAAGAGAGGUCAGAGAGGAAGAGCCAGCCUCAUUAAAGCAACGAGUGCAAAAAUAACAGGUCAAUACGAAAGUGGUGUGUGGAAAGGCUUCUUUUAAUAUACAACUUAUGUACCCUUGAAGCGGUUCUGGGUGCAGAAGCAGAUUCUACCCAAGGGCAGGUUUCUUCUCUCUAGGACCCCACUAAAAAAAAGCGAUUUUGCUCCCUCCUAGUGUACUGAUGGUUUGUGGCCAACAGGGGGCGUCAAACCUCUGGGGCCCCAUCACUGCUAAUCCUACCCGGUACUAUUCAGAUACACCUAAUGAAGUGGCCACUGAGUGUAUGUAUAUAUAUAGGCAAUAACUGUAAAUAUCACAUAUGGAAACGUUCAGCAUAUAUUUUGAUUUCUUUUUUGUGUUAAAUACAUGUAAUUUGCACUUCCACACGCUGCGCUCAUAUUGGGAUUGAUCUAGUUUUGCCUGUGACACACUGUCUGGAUGUGCUAGCAGAGACGAGGUCUGCCACAGCAUAAUAAAGGGAACUACCAGCCACCAUUUACUUUUACUCAUUUCUCGCCAGUCGCAUUGCUGUCCAUCCAUUCUGUUUAUUUGUAAAACCAGUGUGUUUGUUUAACGGGAGAAAGACAUGUAAAUAUGCCCUUCACAAGUAAAAUUGUAUAUUUUUACGAUUUCUGAAUUAUUAUUGUUUAAUUUCUAAUAAAACAUUAAAUGAUGAGUUA